AUGGGUAGUGUUCUUCCAAAGCCAAUUCUUAGCAAAGUAGUGGAGCGGUCAGGCAACUCGUUUGUGAACUCCGGCAGCGCGUCUAUGAACGGUUUUCGUUAUACAAUGGAGGACGCGCAUAUGAACUGCAUUGAGGAAAAUAUUGCGUAUUUUGGUGUUUUUGAUGGGCACAGCAACGAAAAAUGCAGUCAGUACGUAGCUGAAUGUUUACCAGCCAAGCUGAAAUCGCUGAAGGAGCCCAUCACCGCGGAAAUGCUGGAGUCUGUGUGUGUGCAAAUCGACAAGGCUUUUUUAGAGCGCCACAACGAUGGUGGUUCAACCGGGACAUUCUGCAUCCUUCGCAAGAAUGGUCAUCUGACGGUCGCCAAUGUAGGAGAUUCACGCAUUUUAGUUGUACGUAAUGGGAAUAUCAUCUUCGAGACGGCGGAUCAUAAGCCGUUUGAUCCUCCGGAGCGCGCUCGGAUCGAGCGUUGUGGAGGCUUUGUUACUGGCAACCGUGUAGAAGGUGACCUAGCCGUCUCGCGCGCGUUUGGGGAUGCCAUGUUCAAAGAAGCUGGCGGCAAGAACUAUAAGAAUCAAAAGGUGAUUGCGGUGCCGGACGUGUCGGAGGUGCAGUGCCAACAAGGUGAUUUAAUUAUCAUCUGCUGUGAUGGCGUCUUUGAGGGAAACUUCACAAACAUGACUGUUGCGCAAUUCGUUAGCGAGCAGAUGACGAAGUGUUGGGAUGACCUCGCAGUUAUCGCAUGCCGCGUGUGUGAUGAAGCGAUCCGCCGCGGCAGCAGAGAUAAUAUUUCAUGUGUUAUAGUCCAUCUCGCUGAGGGUACCUCUAAGGUGCGAAAAUUGGGCGCCAGGUCGUUUGUGCCGGGGCCGCCUUUCGCGCGCAACCACGACGGCUGUCGUGUGGCGUACACGAAGAUGGCGGAACUUGCCAAUCUGACAUGCGCAGAGGCCCUCCAGAAGAGAUACAUGUUGCUUCAGAUGCAUGAUCGAAAGAUGCUUGGAAACAUGCCCCCAGUGAUGCGCACGGCAUUCGAACUGAGCGAUGAUGUGGAUCUGGAGACGGAACGCACCUUCUUCGGCCGGGGGCCCGCCCCCGGGAAUGAAAGUGCCUUCUUCACAGCACUCGCACAGGGGAGCGGGUAA